CGACGAGGCCAGGCCGAGGGAGGGGGAGCUUGCAGCUAGCGACAACAACGACAACAACAACAUCAUCCAAGACGACGCGAGAAGGGGUAAGCAAGCUGCGGGAAGGAAAGGAAAGGGAAAGAGAAGUGGAGGAAGGGAAGGGGAAGGCAGUCAACAGCGAGCGAGAGAGAACGAGAGAGAGUGCGGUGGCGGAGGAGCGUGUGGGGGCAGCUGCUCCGGCAGGCAGGCAGGCAGUCUUGGUGUGCCUGUUUUGAUUUUGUUUUUGCCUUCCAUCUUCCAGCCCAGUCUAAAAGGAAUCCGGUCCCAGCGGGAUUGUGGGGAGCGCGGAGGCGAGGGGGUUGGUGCUGCUGCUGCUCUGGUCCUGCCCAUGUGCAAUCAUCGCCUCCAUCAUGUCGUCAUUCAGGCGAUAAACUAACCCGUGGAGAUUACUGCUGCUAGCAGCGUCAUCAGCUGCUCUUGCUGGCUUCCCUCGUCUUUCUUCUUCUUCUUCUUGGUGCAUCUAGGGUUUCGGUGUUGAUGAGCGCACGGCAUUCACAGCUGAAAUUCGGGAUUGGGGGGGUAUCGGUUCCAUUGGUAGGACCUGGUGGGCGGCGGAUGUGAAUUCCCAGGGUUCCAGAGAAGUGGCGGAGGUGGAUUGGUUACGCUGAGUGUCGAGGAUUGGUUGAGUAGGAGUUUUUAUCGGAUGCACUCGAAUGCUGGGUGUCUGGUGGCCGGUGAGGGUUGCAUUGUGAGCUACCGUUCGGGGUGUUGGUGAUUGGACUCGAAAUAUCGGGGGAUUUGAGCUCUGGCGAAAGAGUGAGAGGCGUGGGAGAGUUCGAUGGUCACAAGGAUAAGGUGCAAGGUUUUAUUAGCUUGGAAAUACGUGUUUCAGGCUAUGGAUCAUAUAUGAGGGGCAUGGUUGCGGAGUGAGUGGUACGUGCGUUUCCUGGUGGGAAUCCUCGUUUCCAGGUGAAUUAAGGUUGGACGAAAGCAAGGACUUUCUCGAGCCUCGUGGCUUCUUUCCUUUCAGGACAGGGUUGUGACACAUCUUGGUGUUGCCCAUGCUGCGAAGUUUGUGCUGCGUGAAGACAAUCUGCGUAGAUCAUGUAUCAGAAUAAGAAGUUUUCAACUACCAGCUUAAUGCCCCAGAGGUCUGCAAGUCAGGCGCCAGAGCCUCGAGGAUCAAGUGCAGCCGGAGCCUCCACCAAUUCGGCCGGCAGUCCUGGUGGGGGCUCAGGAGGUGGUGGCUCAGCAGCCAAGCAGCGAUUGCGCUGGACUCCUGAGCUCCAUGACCGGUUUGUGGAUGCCGUCACCCAAUUGGGCGGCCCCGAUCGGGCUACUCCUAAAGGCGUCUUAAGAGUCAUGGGAGUUCAAGGUCUUACAAUUUAUCACGUGAAAAGUCACUUGCAGAAGUAUCGUUUGGCAAAGUAUAUUCCUGAGUCCUUGUCAGAUGGGGGUAAGUCAGACAAGAAGAAAAAUCAAGCAGAUCUGCUGCCAGCCCUGGAUGCAACCUCGGGAAUACAAAUCACUGAGGCCUUGCGUAUGCAAAUGGAAGUUCAGAAGCGGCUGCAUGAGCAACUAGAGGUGCAACGACAUCUGCAGCUACGAAUUGAAGCACAAGGGAAGUAUUUACAAAAGAUCAUUGAAGAGCAGCAAAGAGUUGGUGCUCUCAAUAAUGGUGCAAGUACCACUGCUGACACAACAACAGCGCCCACAACAACGGAGGCGACCCAAGGACAGACUGGUUCGGUCGUUGAAACCAAGCCAGCGUUACCCUUAACAAAUGAGGCCCCUACUUCAAACAGUGUACCAACUGCGCCAGUGUCUAGCAGCAGUUUGGGACUAACUCAGGCGACCAUCCUUACCUCUCAGCAGCCUUCCCAGACCCAGUAUGGCUAUGAGACGUUCACUAAUCCGCCUGUGCUUGAAGGCUCGUCAGUUCAGGGUGCUUCCAAGCGGACUCGAAUGGAGGAUGGAGCAGGCCAACCUGUGACUGGACAAUUAGAGACUCAACAGGUCUCAGGGGUUACCCAACCAGGAGGACCAUUCAUGCAACCAGGACAUAUCCAAGGGAGUUGUGGAGUGUUUCACUCCAAUCAGUCCGACUUUGCCUCUGGUAGUACUUUUUCUCCUCGUCAGGGUGGAGGGUCGUUUACUCAGGCGCCUCCUCUAAGUCAGCAAGCCUAUUCGCAGCAGCAGUCUCUUGAGGGGGUUUUUAAUACCCAAUCUUUUCUUCCAGCAAACGAUGCAGAUACUUCUAUGCCUUCACAAGUACAAGGUACUGGAGCACAGCCUCCGCCUGACAGUAGUACAUCUGGCAGUACACGUCAACCACCAAAGCUUUCAGGUGAACUAGACACAGGCUCAUUUCUUACCAACGACAAAGAAGCCACGUUACCCACAUCUGAGCGUGGCCGAGGAGAUGGAGGCCCUGCACCCUUGCCACAGGUUGGCAUGUAUGAACAGUGGGAGCACGUUGGCAGUGGAGGUCACUUAUUCAACCAGGAUGGUUAAGGAGAGCUGAGAACCCCGGCAGGGAAAUGGGACACUCAGAGGUUAAGCGGAAGAGAGAUGGAUAUGGUUGACUAUUUUGAGCUUUAUCUGCCCAAAGUACAAAGUAGCUGUAGGGUUCUUUUUCUUCUUCUUGUGUUGUGGGCGAUUACCUGUUUGAUUCUUGUACCUUUCAUCUUUUCUGAACCCUUUUUAGUCAUUGGAAGUGGCAGAUCAAGUGAAGAAAUCUGGAAGCAGAUUCCUCUUUUCAAAAAGAUAAUUUUCUAAAUUGUACAUGUCCUGGGGGCACCAAACGCUGGCUAGCUAUGUGAGACGCAUUUACAAGAAUUAUGUAACCUGAUAUAUGACAGCAUCUUAGAGGCCCCCAAGUCUUCAAUUCUCAUAAUGCGCAACGCAAAUCCUCUCGAAGAGUUUGGUGAAUUAGCAAUUGAUCCGUUUGUAUUUCUACUAUAUAAUCCAAUCCAAUCUUCGAUGUUAAUACAA